AUUCCAAAAGGAGCCCGCUCUCCUUUCUUUUUAAACUCUCUCUCUUGCUCUCACUCUAUCCACACACAAAACACGCACAGAGGCUCAAAAAUCGAUCGAUCGAUCGAGAGAAACAGAGAUGGCAACUAAUAUCGGCAUGAUGGAUUCGGCUUAUUUCGUUGGCAGAUCUGAGAUUCUCUCUUGGAUUAACACCACUCUUCAGCUCAAUCUCUCCAAAGUCGAAGAAGCAUGUUCUGGUGCGGUGCAUUGUCAGUUAAUGGAUUCGGUUCAUCCAGGAAUGGUGCCAAUGCACAAGGUCAAUUUCGACGCCAAAAAUGAGUACGAAAUGAUUCAAAAUUAUAAGGUUCUGCAAGAUGUGUUUAACAAGCUUAAGAUCACUAAGCAUAUAGAGGUGAGCAAGCUGGUGAAAGGCAGGCCGCUCGAUAACCUGGAGUUUAUGCAGUGGAUGAAGCGUUAUUGUGAUUCUGUCAAUGGAGGACUUGUCAAUUACAAUCCAAUGGAAAGGAGAGAGGCUUGCAAGGGAGGAAAAGAAACAAGCAAGAAAUGUCUACAGUCUCAAGCUUCAAGCAAGGGCUCUACGACUGCUCCCAAAGUUCAGUCUUCUCACAAUACUCGAAGGAGCGAUGUGUCCUCGGCACACCCUCCAAAUCAAUCUGUGAAGGCUUCUAAACCUCCUUGUCCAGUGCCUGCAUAUGAUGCAGAGGUCACCGAGUUGAAGUUGUCAGUGGAUAGCCUUGAGAAGGAGAGGGACUUCUAUUUUGCAAAGCUGAGAGAUAUCGAGAUUUUGUGCCAGAGCCCUGGGAUCGAAAACCUACCAGUUGUUGCAGCAAUGAAGAGAAUCCUUUAUUCUACUGACGAUGAUGCAUCAGUAUUAGCAGAAGCUCAAGCCAUGGUGUCGCUUCACCAGAAGGAAGCAGAGCACUUGGGUCCCAUUGCUGAGAAAUCAACAGACGAAAAGGAGAAUUCAGAUCCUCAGAAGAGAAAGAACAUUGCGAAUCUUGACGUUGAUGCUGUAGGCAUCUCAACAUUGUCACCGAGGCAAAGGCUUUCUGAUGCAACAGAUGUCCAUUGCAGCGGGUCACCUCUUAUGACCUACUGAAUUUUUUACCAUAAUCUUUUCUUCAAACAUAUGUAGUGGUAAUAGCAGCUACAGCAGCACCUAUAUCUCCAAUAUUCGCAGCCCUUUUACCAACAGUCCUGCUUGAUGUUAUAUAUAUGUAGUAGAUUUUACAUAUAUAGCUCUGGAAGCAAUAAUAGUCGGACAGUUGAUUCAACAGCUUAUAAUUGUUUUGAGUAUGAGUUUUGCUUGUGUUUGUGCUA